CAAAAAAUAAAGGGCACACUCUAGAAGCAUCAGGGCCCUUCGGAUCGCUCUCGGCCCUUUGGAACUCUCCAGAAGACUACGAUCCCGUCUUCUCGCCCUUAAAAUCCCUUACCCUCUCCUCACUCUCUUCUCGCCCAAUCCAAUCCAAUACGAUCCGAUCGCUCUCUCCCACCAUUCGCCAUUGAUUGCUCGCUGUUUCUCUUGCUCUCGCUUCGAUCUCUUUGGAAUCCGUAGGAGAGAUUUGGAGGUGUAGGGAUGGACGAUGACUUCGAUCUCCCGGCGGGUGAUGAGAUGAUGAACGAGGACGCCAUGGAUUUCGCCGACGAGAGCCCCGUCCUCAAAGUCGGGGAGGAGAAGGAGAUCGGGAAGCAGGGCCUCAAGAAGAAGCUCGUCAAGGAGGGCGAGGGCUGGGACACCCCCGAGGUCGGCGACGAGGUCGAAGUGCACUACACUGGAACACUGCUUGAUGGGACAAAGUUUGAUUCGAGCCGUGAUCGGGGGACGCCGUUCAAGUUUAAGCUUGGACAAGGCCAAGUGAUAAAGGGAUGGGAUCAAGGUAUCAAGACGAUGAAGAAGGGUGAGAAUGCCAUCUUCACCAUCCCUCCUGAGUUAGCUUAUGGUGAAUCUGGCUCUCCUCCUACGAUUCCGCCCAAUGCCACACUCCAAUUUGAUGUUGAGCUACUCUCCUGGUCAAGUGUUAAGGACAUAUGCAAAGAUGGAGGCAUUAUCAAGAAGAUCUUGAAAGAAGGGGAAAAAUGGGAGAAUCCUAAAGAUCUUGAUGAAGUACUUGUGAAAUAUGAGGCCCGGCUGGAGGAUGGAACUGUAAUAUCAAAAUCUGAGGGAGUAGAGUUCACUGUCAAAGAUGGGUUUUUCUGUCCUGCAUUGGCCAAGGCUGUGAAAACCAUGAAGAAGUCUGAAAAGGUGCUGCUUACUGUGAAACCACAAUAUGCAUUUGGUGAGAAGGGUAGACCAGCUUCUGGUGAUGAGAGUGCUGUGCCGCCAAAUGCUACCCUUAACGUGGAGCUGGAAUUAGUCUCUUGGAAGACUGUUUCAGAGAUAGGGGAUGAUAAGAAGAUCCUUAAGAAAGUUCUUAAGGAAGGAGAGGGAUAUGAACGUCCAAAUGAUGGUGCAGUUGUGACAGUGAAAUUGAUUGGGAAGCUUCAAGAUGGGACAGUGUUCGUGAAGAAGGGUUAUGAUGAUGAAGCACCCUUUGAGUUCAAGACUGAUGAAGAACAAGUCAUUGAGGGUCUGGAUCGAGCUGUGAUUACUAUGAAAAAGGGGGAAGUCGCUUAUAUCACAAUCCCACAUGAGUAUGCAUUUGGUUCCGCUGAAUCAAAGCAGGAUCUUGCAGUGGUUCCACCAAAUUCCACAGUGAUUUAUGAGGUUGAGCUUGUAUCCUUUGUUAAGGAGAAAGAGUCUUGGGACAUGAACAAUGCAGAAAAGAUUGAAGCAGCUGGUAAGAAGAAAGAAGAAGGAAAUGCACUUUUCAAAGUGGGCAAAUAUGAAAGAGCUUCCAAGAGAUAUGAAAAGGGUGCCAAGUUCAUAGAGUAUGAUAGCUCAUUUAGUGACGAGGAAAAGAAGCAAUCAAAAGUGCUGAAGAUUACAUGUAACCUCAACAAUGCUGCCUGCAAGCUUAAGCUCAAAGACUACAAGCAGGCAGAGAAACUUUGCACAAAGGUGCUGGAGCUUGAUGGCAGGAACGUAAAGGCCUUGUACCGAAGAGCCCAAGCUUAUAUUCAGCUCGCAGAUCUGGAUUUGGCAGAGGUGGACAUUAAGAAAGCUCUUGAGAUUGAUCCUGACAAUAGGGAUGUGAAGUUGGAAUACAGAACUCUGAAGGAGAAGGUGAAGGAGUAUAACAAGAAAGAUGCUAAAUUCUACGGGAACAUGUUUGCCAAGAUGAGCAAAUUAGAGAAUGUGGAAGCCCAUAAGGAUGCACCAAAGCCGGAGACAGAGCCCAUGAGCGUUGACAGUGCGGCUUGAGUUUGUAAUGAAGCUGACUGGGAUCUGUGAGUGGCUUCCUUUUUGUGGUUAAGCUGCAUCCUUUGGAGUUUUAAGUUAGGAGACCUGGAUUAUGAAGCGCCUGAGAGAAAUUGCUAUAACGUUGUUAUUAUUGGACAUACGAAGUAGCGAUCUAAUGAUACGUAGAAAAUUGCGACUUUCUGCGUAUUUGUGGUUGAGAGCGCAAUACUUAAUCUUGCUGGUUCUCUAAUUGUUUGGCCGUUUAAGUAAUCCCUUUUUUUUUUUUCUCAUUCUCAAGACAUUGUGUCUCUCUUGUGGUGCUUUGUCCCUGGUUUAGUGGCUUGGAUGGUUUUCGAAACUUUUCGACACAAAUUAA